AGUCGCGUUGAGCAGCGGCUUCCCGGGUGUCCAGGCCGGACAGGAACACCUUACUGGGCUCGCUCCGUACCCUAACGGUGCCUAGCAGCCAAGCAGCAGCCACCGCAACCGACCCUGUACGUGGUGUCUCGCUGGAUCUGAGCUUUCUGUGCACGUUAAGUCCCUCGGGUCCCGCCGACCCCUUGCCACUAUGGCCCAGGCGGCCGUUCUUGGCACCCUGGUGCUACUGUUGCUGCUACCACUCCCCCGCGGUGCAGAAGUGACUGGGGACCACUCGAAUGUCGCCUUGGACUACGGAGCCUUUGAAGGCGAGGAGGGCAUGGAGCAGCAGCUGCAUUACCACGACCCCUGCAAAGCUGCUGUCUUCUGGGGAGAUAUUGCCUUGGAUGAAGAUGAUCUCAAGUUAUUUCACAUUGACAAGGCUGAAGACUGGACCAAGACAUCCAUGGAAAAAAUGGGACACGACACUGGUGGCCUUGAGGAGACAUCUGCAACGUGGCCAAACGAUACAGCCUCUAAUACCAGCAUCCAGGUGCCAAGAAAGGAUAGCAAGGAUGGCACCCUAUUUUUGCCUGUCCCUGGGACCUCAAACACCACAGUGAAGACCUUCUCUGCUCGAGUCCGAAGAGCUACAACCUCAAGGGCAGAGCGGAUCUGGCCUGGAGGCGUCAUUCCUUAUGUCAUCGGAGGGAACUUUACUGGCACCCAGAGGGCCAUUUUCAAACAGGCCAUGAGGCACUGGGAGAAGCACACCUGUGUGACCUUCGUCGAGAGGACAGAUGAGGAAAGUUUCAUUGUCUUCAGCUACAGGACCUGUGGUUGUUGUUCCUACGUGGGACGCCGAGGAGGUGGCCCACAGGCUAUAUCCAUCGGGAAAAACUGUGACAAGUUUGGCAUUGUGGCUCACGAGCUGGGCCAUGUGGUUGGGUUCUGGCAUGAACACACUCGGCCAGACCGAGACCAGCAUGUCACCAUCAUCAGAGAAAACAUCCAGCCAGGUCAGGAGUAUAAUUUCUUAAAAAUGGAAGCCGGCGAGGUGAGCUCUCUGGGAGAGACCUACGACUUCGACAGCAUCAUGCACUAUGCCCGGAACACCUUCUCAAGAGGAGUUUUCUUAGACACCAUCCUUCCCCGUCGAGACGACAAUGGCUUCAGGCCAACCAUUGGCCAACGCGUGCGGCUCAGUCAGGGAGAUAUAGCUCAAGCCAGGAAGCUGUACAAAUGCCCAGCAUGUGGAGAGACACUACAGGACACAUCAGGAAACUUUUCUGCACCUGGCUUCCCAAAUGGCUACCCCUCCUAUUCCCACUGCGUUUGGAGGAUCUCUGUCACCCCAGGGGAAAAGAUCAUCCUAAAUUUCACCUCCAUGGAUUUGUUUAAGAGCCGCCUGUGCUGGUAUGAUUACGUGGAAAUCCGGGAUGGUUACUGGAGAAAGGCCCCCCUGUUGGGGAGGUUUUGUGGCGAUAAGGUACCUGAGCCCCUUGUCUCCUCCGACAGCCGACUCUGGGUGGAAUUCCGUAGCAGCAGCAGCAUCCUGGGCAAGGGCUUCUUUGCUCUAUACGAAGCCAUGUGUGGGGGAGACAUAACCAAAGAUGCAGGCCAGAUUCAAUCUCCCAACUACCCUGACGACUACAGGCCUUCCAAGGAGUGUGUGUGGAGGAUCACGGUGUCCGAUGGGUUUCACGUGGGGCUCACCUUCCAGUCCUUUGAGAUCGAAAGGCAUGACAGUUGUGCAUAUGACUAUCUGGAGAUCCGAGAUGGUCCCACAGAGGAGAGCACCCUGAUUGGUCACUUCUGUGGCUAUGAGAAGCCAGAGGCUGUGAAAUCCAGUGCCAACCGACUGUGGGUGAAGUUUGUAUCCGACGGCUCCAUCAAUAAAGCAGGCUUUGCAGCCAAUUUCUUCAAGGAGGUGGAUGAGUGUUCCUGGCCAGACCAUGGUGGAUGUGAGCAGCGCUGUGUAAACACACUCGGCAGCUACACAUGUGCCUGUGACCCUGGCUACGAGCUGGCUGCCGACAAGAAGACAUGUGAAGUGGCCUGUGGUGGAUUCAUUACCAAGCUAAACGGCACCAUCACCAGCCCUGGAUGGCCGAAGGAGUACCCCACAAACAAGAACUGUGUCUGGCAGGUGGUGGCCCCCACGCAGUACCGCAUCUCCCUGCAGUUCGAAGCCUUUGAGCUGGAAGGCAAUGACGUCUGUAAGUAUGACUUCGUAGAGGUGCGCAGCGGCCUGUCCCCAGAUGCCAAGCUUCAUGGGAAGUUCUGUGGCUCUGAGACCCCGGAGGUCAUCACGUCGCAGAGCAACAAUAUGCGUGUGGAGUUCAAGUCUGACAACACCGUCUCCAAGCGAGGCUUCAGGGCUCACUUCUUCUCAGACAAAGACGAGUGUGCCAAAGACAAUGGCGGCUGCCAGCAGGAGUGUGUCAACACGUUUGGGAGCUACCUGUGCAGAUGCAGGAACGGGUAUCGGCUGCACGAGAAUGGACACGACUGUAAAGAGGCUGGCUGUGCAUACAGGAUCAGCAAUGCAGAGGGGACCCUGAUGAGCCCCAACUGGCCUGACAAAUACCCCAGCCGGAAGGAAUGUACCUGGAAUAUUUCAUCAACUGCAGGCCACAGGGUGAAAAUUACAUUCAGUGAGUUUGAGAUUGAGCAGCAUCAGGAAUGUGCCUACGACCACCUGGAGCUGUACGACGGGACGGACAGCUUGGCCCCCAUCCUCGGCCGCUUCUGUGGCAGCAAGAAGCCGGAUCCCGUGGUGGCUACAGGCAGCAGCCUGUUCCUCAGGUUUUACUCGGAUGCCUCGGUGCAGAGGAAAGGCUUCCAGGCCGUGCACAGCACAGAGUGUGGGGGCAGACUGAAGGCUGAAGUGCAGACCAAAGAGCUCUAUUCCCAUGCCCAGUUUGGGGACAACAACUACCCGAGCCAGGCCCGCUGUGACUGGGUGAUAGUGGCAGAAGAUGGUUAUGGCGUGGAGCUGGUAUUCCGAACCUUUGAAGUUGAGGAGGAAGCUGACUGUGGCUACGAUUUCAUGGAGGCCUACGAUGGGUAUGACAGCUCGGCACCCAGGCUCGGCCGCUUCUGUGGCUCGGGGCCAUUAGAGGAAAUCUACUCUGCAGGAGACUCGCUGAUGAUUCGCUUCCACACGGAUGACACCAUCAACAAGAAAGGCUUUCACGCCCGAUACACCAGCACCAAGUUCCAAGAUGCCUUGCACAUGAGAAAGUAGCACCUCAGUUCUGGAAAGAUAAAGAGAUUAAGGAUGUUUUAAACACUUGUGAAUGAGCAGCCCCCAGUGUACAGUGUUUUUCUCCACAACAAAAACUCAAACUACAUUCUUGAAACUAUAUAUCUGGGUGACAGUACAUGCCUUUGGCCAACAGGAGGAGAAAGAGAGGCCCAUUGGUUCUGUCUGUGGUGUUACCAAUUGCAGCUUCUGGAGGAAGUCAAAGUUUGAAGUUAGUGACCAAACAAGAUGCGCUUCUUCACACUUGUUCCCAAGCUUUGCUCCAAUGGGGCAAAAGGCCAGCCUGGGGUAAAAGGCCAGCCUGGGGCAAAAAGCUGCCUCUUUCUCAACUCUGGACUGGCUUCCAUAGAUGAGAUGAGCCCAUGCUGGUGACUUGGCUGCCUUCUGACAGUACUGGACAUCAAGGAUUAAAGAUUGGCAGUGGCUAUGAUGUUACUCACAGGUGUAUCUGAAUGCUUUUAUGUAGUUCUCCCAGUCAAGCCAAUCAAGAAACCUGAGACUGUGGACCAAUAGUUAAGUAGCAUCCCAGGGCACAAAGAGAAGGCUCAACCUGGGAACCGAGUAAUGGAGUUGGAAGACCUUGAGCAUUUUCCUGUCACUGCUUGUCCUUACGUCCUCUGGGGUGCCCCUUUUGUCAGUCCCAAUUCAGAAAAGAGAACCCCACUGUCACUCCUAGCAGAACAUUUGUCAGUGAGCACUCCCAGGUUGCUGAGACGACACCCAGCUUCAUCCAAUAUCCCUCCACUCAGAGGCUUAGAUGUUACCUGUGCUGGGGUUCCCCACCAGCUUCCAGGAACCUCCAUCUGUGAAGGCACCUGGUCUAUCAAACCUCACCCCCUGGACAGCCAGUUCAAACAGCAUCUGUGAGAUGUAGCACUCCAUCUCAGGACCAAUUCAGAUCUCACUACAAGAAAACUAGUAAUUCCAAGUUGUGUAAGAGCCAUCAUCUCUGGAAUAAGUUGGUCUGUGGCACACAUGUAACCAGACAGGUUAGAGUGCAUUGGCACCUUUGCUGGGGUUAACCGGGACCCAGCCAUCCACUUGGCCUCAGAAUUCUCAACACCCUGCACUUGCUGUAGAGAAGUGUUAAGGGUGAUGUUUACAUAAUUUUAAUGCCUCAAGGUAUAAUUGAAAUAGUGAGGUAGUUUUGAAUGGCAUUUCAUUAAGGCAUCUCUGGGCAUUAUGAGCUAAAAGCUAUGGUAUGUUAGCUUUUUAAGAGCAUUUGUUGGAAUACUUUUAAAAUAAUGUUUACAUAACUACAAGUCCUGUUGGGUUGGUGGUGAACACAGGGCAGCGCGGGAGAGUGUUGUUGUCAGAGAUGGUGUAGCUCCCGAGCUCCCGAACCCCUGUGUGAU